UAGUCGAGUGAUGGCAAAUUUUACGCUUCAAAAGUGAAAGUUAUUUAAAGAUAUGUUCGGUAUGAAGAGAGAUGAGAAAUAUUUUGAAGUUUCUGAUGUGGAUAAUGUAGAAAAUCUGCCGAAGGAUGCAUGGAAGGUACGACCUUGUGAAUGGUAUAAGGAAGAAUAUAAGGAUUGUAAAAGUAUUAAAGCAAGAUUUCAUCAAUAUUUUGUUUAUGGAGAUACAGUUGAUUGUACUCAAUGGAAGAAUGAUUAUAUGAAUUGUAUGCACUUCAGGAAGAAACAUGAUUUGGAAUCUUUGGAAAAUUAUUCUUCAGUUCUGAUUGGCGUGUUGGUAACAGUAUGGAUAGGGGAGACCCCACUGGAAGGAAACAAAUCAUUUCAUUCUCAAGCACUCCGCCUAUAUGCCCAUAUUUUUGUGCUGCAUUUUCCUGGGAAAAUGUUGUUGCAAGUGAGAAUGAGAGAAAAAAGCAACGAAUCCAAUCUAUGAAACAAAACGAUGUAUGGGAAUAUCGUUCAAGUCCUCCUGAAAAUUGGAACUCUCCUAUGCCUAAUUGGAUGGUAGAAAAUAAAAAAGACUCUUUAUUAAUUAACACUCAGAACAUGUUAAAUGAAGGCAUUGAUCCAACUCCUAUAUUUACUGGAUUUAGUUGCUCUAUAUUAUGAAAAAUAUUAGAUUUAUUUUAAAUUAUUAAAAUCAUUUUUUAAAGAGAAA